AUAAUUUCUGUACUUUCACCAUCCCGCUUCUCACCACACAGUCCUUUCCGGUACAUAUUUCUCCCCGUAAGAAGUAAUCUAGGAAUAUUCGCGCACAGUUCAAUCUAUCAACCAAGAGUCGUUUCCAUACUCAAGAUGGCGGACGCCGUCGUAGACCUCGCAUCUCUUACACCCGACCAACAAGCUGCACUUCAACAAUACACCGCCGUCACUGAUCAGGCAACACCUGAGGCAAUCCCCAUUCUGCAGCGCGCACAAUGGAAUGUAAAUAUCGCGGUAACCCGUUUCUUUGACGGUGAACCAACCGAAGACCCCGUCGCCGCUGCCGCCGCCGCGCAACCACCACCACAAGACAUUCGCCGACAAGAGACACUAUUGAAUGGCUUCGCAACUCCGCGAUCUUCAACGAGUAGCGGGCGGCUAGUACGGAUAGAAUCUGCGCCUCGGGUUGUCCCGCAGCCAGAAAGCCAAGUCAGAACACAAGCUCCUCUUGUACUUGCCGUACUAUUCGCGCCAAUUUCGCUGUUGUACUCGGUUGUCUCAAAGGGCUUCCAAUUACUAGGUUGGCUGUUCCCUUUCCUUGCCCGCACAUGGGGACGGGUUACAGCCAGCAAUAUCAACACACCCGCUUCUCAACGCAGCGCAAGCGGACGAAGGCCCUUGAACCCACGCGAUACGGCCGCACGAUUCAUCCGGGAAUUUGAGGAGGAAUACGGGAGUCACAAUCUGCCCUUCUUUGAAAGUGGCUAUGCGCAGGCAUUUGACCUGGCGAAGAAGAACCUCCAGUUCUUGAUGGUAUUGCUGGUCAGCCCUGAACACGAUGAGACAACCUCAUUCGUGAGAGAUACUCUGCUCGCACCAGAAGUUGUUGAGUUUGUUCGGCACCCAGACAACAACAUAAUACUGUGGGCCGGCAACGUCCAGGAUUCAGAAGCAUACCAGGUCUCAGCGGCACUAUCGUGUACAAAGUUCCCCUUCACAGGGCUCAUAGUGCAUACACCACAGGUCUCGUCAACAGCCAUGGGAAUUGCGACCCGCGUAGUCGGACCCACGCCACCACAACAGUACAUCGCAAAGCUACGGCAGGCGAUGCAGCAACAUACGGAGCCCUUGAACCGCGUACGAAGCCAGCGCGCAGAACAACAAGCAACGCGGAAUAUCCGGGAGCAGCAAAAUAGCGCCUACGAGCGCUCGUUAGCCGCCGACCGUGAAAAGGCGCGCAAGAAGAAGGAGGAAGCAGAGCGCAAAGCGCGCGAAGAGAAAGAAGCCCUAGAGCGCGAACAAGCCAUCGAACGUUACGCACAGAACCUCGCACAAUGGCGCAAGUGGCGCGCAGCAUCAAUACGCCCUGAGCCAGGCACCGAGGAAAAGGACAUCGUCCGGAUCAGCCUCCGCAUGCCGAAUGCAGACCGCGUGGUACGCAAGUUUGCCGCAGACGCACAUAUCGAGGAACUUUACGCUUUCGUAGAAUGCCACGAUAUCCUGCAGUCCGAAGAUGCAGGCAGCGCCGAUGUCAAGGAGCCAGAGAACUUUGACCACGAGUACAAGUUUCAGCUUGUGUCGCCUAUGCCGCGAGAAGUAUUUGAACUCAAGGCUGGUGGCACAAUUAAGGAGCGCAUCGGGAGAAGCGGAAACCUCAUUGUCGAACGUACUGAUCUCGAGGAAGAUGAGGACGAAGAAGACGAGUAG